GUGAGCGGCACCGUUUCAGAUUGGAAUGGGAGCUGGCGAUUUUUCCCCUAUUUUGAUCGUUUAGUCCGUGAAUGGCGCCGAAACAGGACCCGAAACCUAAAUUUCAAGAAGGUGAAAGAGUGCUGUGUUUUCAUGGGCCAUUGCUCUACGAAGCUAAGUGUGUUAAAAUAAACGUCAAAGAGAAACAAAUUAAGUACUUCAUUCAUUACAGCGGGUGGAAUAAAAAUUGGGACGAAUGGGUUCCUGAGAGUCGAGUGCUAAAGUAUGUGGACAGCAAUCUGCAGAAACAGAAAGAGCUUCAGAAGGCCAAUCAGUAUGUUGACUUUUUGUGUUACAUCUGUUUUUAUCCUAGAGACCAUUAUGUUGAAGGAAGAAUGAGGGGUGCUGCACCGAAUAAGAAGAUACCCGCGACUUCACAGAAAAACGACGUGAAAACCAAAAAGAACAAACAAAAAACUCCUGGUCCAGGAGAAGGACCGAGUUCAGGAGGGGACCCGGUCCACCCUCCACGGAAGAAGAGGGCUCGUGUUGACCCAACUGUCGAAAGUGAGGAGACAUUCAUAAACAGAGUGGAAGUUAAAGUCAAAAUCCCUGAAGAGCUAAAACCUUGGCUUGUAGAUGACUGGGAUCUGAUUACACGGCAAAAACAGCUCUUCCAUCUGCCCGCUAAGAAGAACGUUGACUCUGUUUUAGAAGAUUAUGCAAACUACAAGAAAUCGAGAGGAACCUCUGACAGCAAGGAGUUUGCCGUGAGCGAGGUGGUUGCCGGUGUGCGGGAAUAUUUUAACGUCAUGCUGGGCACGCAACUGCUUUACAAAUUUGAGAGGCCGCAGUAUGCAGACAUCUUGGCCAACCACCCAGAUACGUCAAUGUCGCAGAUUUACGGCGCCCCCCACCUGUUAAGGCUCUUUGUGCGAAUUGGAGCCAUGCUGGCUUACACUCCCUUGGAUGAAAAGAGCCUGGCACUGCUGCUCACCUACCUGCAGGACUUCCUCAAGUACUUGGUCAAGAACUCUGCGACGCUCUUCAGCGCUAGCGAUUACGAGGUGGCCCCGCCGGAGUAUCACCGCAAAGCCGUUUGA